CAGAAAAAGUUUGAUUUCUGCAGGUUAGAUCAAGUUAAACAUAACAUUAAAGUUAGAGAGGAGAAUCUUUGGAUUUUAGAGCUUCACUUCCGUUGUCAAUUGGAGGAGUUUUUUAGAAGUUUUCAAUGUUUCUCGUGAAAAUCAACUCUAAUUGGAGCCGAUUGCCUUACAUGGAAAAUUGAAUCUGCUAUAAAAACUAGGACAAAGUGCAUUUCCAUAUAUCAAUCUGAUCAGCAAACCGUAGAAGCGUCCAGCGACAAUAAUUCUGCAAAAGUAAUUUCGUAGAAAACUGAAGAUACUGCCAAAGAAAAAGAAAAUAAGCUGCCUUAAUUCAUCGAGGAUCCAAAGAAGAAUUUUGCACUCUCAUUCUUUGGCAAUGUAUCUACAAGCUUUGGAAAAUACAAUAUGCUUUCUUUCAGUCAAAGAAAUGUUUUAAACUGAUUUUUCAAUAUUAAAUUAUCUAGGAGGUCGUCAAUCAGUAACCAUACACAAUGGAUGGUAGUGAAGAUGGAAAGAAACUCCGUUUAGAAGAUGAAGAUGCGACGUUUCACAUGCAAAUCGAACAUUCUAAAGGAACACACGAGCCAAGGACAGAACACGAAGAAGAGGAGAUAUUGAUUGAGCAAGAAGGGCUGGAAACGAAUUUCUAUAGUGAAGAACCUGGGGAGAAGCUGUAUCUGAUUGAAUCAAAAAGUGACAGCAAAAAUGAAGAGGAAGAAAAGAAUAAAUGUUGUCCUAACGUAAAUAGAAAGUAUCUAGUACCAAAGGGAUUCUUCUUUUUCUUCUAUGCAUCAAACGGUGUUCUGAUGCCUUAUUUGAUUUUAUUUUUCAAGCAGCUACAGCUGUCAGCAAGCCAAGUUGGCAUUGUUGCUGGCAUGAAGCCGUACAUCGCGUUUAUCUUCAUCCCAAUUUGGGGAUACAUCGCAGAUAAAACGAAAAAAGCAAAAUGGAUUUAUACAUUGGCUAUGAUAACAUUUGCAAUUGGGUAUUUCCUGUUUUCGCUAGCACCUGCCGACCAUGUUUGUAGAGCCAAAAGCAACUCAACAAAGCACAAAAUAGAUAUGCCAAUGACACACGAACAUGGAAAGCGAUCCUAUCCUACAAAGUAUCAACAUCAUCGCAGCCAUAUUAACCAGUCAUUUGAUUAUUUGAACUCUGUAACUCGUCGCAACGACAACACUCUUCCAUGGAUUUUAGACGUUACCAAUUCCAUUGACUCUGAGUUGAAUUUUCAACAACGGGACGAUGUCCAUGUUGAUAUUCAGUCAAUUUUCAUAUACCUCCUGCUUGUCAGUAUUUUAAAAACAGUAUUUUCCUGCCCAGCUUUGACGAUUGUUGACACAACUACAGUUCAAAUGUUAAAGGAAAAUGGAGAAGCUAAUAAGUACGGGCGGCAAAGACUCUGGGGAGCUAUAGGUUGGGGAACAACUGCUUUUGGAGUUGGUGCUAUUCUCAGCACAUUGCCUCUAUGUCCUGGAACUAAUGACGAAAUAAACUACUAUCCAGCCUUUUAUAUAUUCACAGGAUUGAUGUUGAUAGCAUUUGUAAUUGGCUUACGUUUGGAGUUUGACGAAAAAAGAGAUGACCAUCAUGCGCAAUCUAAGAAAAACAGUUUGCACGAGGGCCUAAAAACGAUGAAAAAUCCACAGUUCAUUUAUUUCAUCAUAACAGCUUUCUACGUCGGCGUGGCUAUGGCAGUAAUCCGCACCUUUCUCUUUUGGCAUCUGAAAGAUCUGGGUGGAACACAACUUCUAUUUAGUAUAAUAUCAGCAGUCAAUUGUGCAGCUGAAGUGUUUAUGUACUUCUUAUCGGCUUGGUUCAUAAACUCGCUUGGACAUAUCGGUGUAUUGUACAUUGGACUGCUUUGCUAUGCGGUGAGAUUGUUCUUUUAUGCAAUGGUUAAAAAUCCAUGGCAUGUUCUGUUUGUCGAGCCUCUCUCUGGGAUAACCACAGCCGCGGUUUGGGCAGCGAUGGCAUCGUAUGUUGGAGUACACUCAGUUCCAGGCUCCGCAACGACUGUUCAAGGCGUACUGCAUGGUGUUCACUGGGGCCUAGGCCAUGGAUGCGGCGAGUUGAUAGGUGGUUUCAUGAUAAGUGGAAUCGGAGCUGAAAGGACGUUUGGAAUAUUUGGUGUCCUCAGUAUCAUUGACUUAGUGUUCUUCAUACUCGUCAACGUAUUGCAUGAUAAAUGUUGUCCGGAAAAGGAGAAAAGUGUUUUGGACAAAAAAGAGUACAAACCACUUGUGGAGAAUGAAUUCUGUCAACAUUAGGAGUUGUGCUUGAUUAAAGUUACCAACGUCAGAUUUUGUAAAUGUGAUGAGAGAUGAGAGAGGACUUACUAAAUAGGCUGGAAAUCCAACAGUUAUACCCAAUGGAAACAUUAACUAGAAUAAGUUGAUUUCUUAAAAGCAGAGCUUUUCUAGUAGCUUGGGCACACAAGUUCACGUAUCUUAUUGUGACUACAUCAAUCGCAGAGCUACUUCUUGCAGAAAGUAGCUUCGUGAAGUUUGUUUAAAAUAACUAGAGUAUAGAUAAAUAUAUUUGCCUACUUUUUUAAGAUUUCAUUUGAAUCUGCAAAUAUAAUAAACAACGAGCGCUUCUUUAAUGCUAGCUAAUUAAUGCUUUUUAUGUAUUUGAAUCGUUUUGUAAAAAGCUGUGCGUCUUUGUUACAUUGUGUUAUGAUUUGGAGAAUAACGGUCUCAAUCUGUCUUCCGGAAAGAUUUUAACUGCGGGUAGUUGGUGAAAGAUACCAAAAGACACACCAUUAAGACAUAAAGGCGAUCUUUCGAUGUUUGUUCUCUAUAAUCCCGUAGGAGGGCUUUUCGGUCCUUUUUGACUUUACCCCAGAAUUGGGCAACGAAGAAAUAAAAUAGGACAUAAUAAUCCUUUUAAAGCUCUACAGCCCGUCACAGAAUACAUUUAGUCCAAUCUCAGAACCUCUUUGCGAUAUUUUCAAUCUUUCAAUUGCUACUGGUUGUUUUCCUGAUAGCUGGAUAAUUUCCAGAGUAGCCCCAAUUUUUAAAAAUGAUCAACCUAACAAUCGAUCUAACUACCGACCUAUAUCUGUCCUGCCUGUUUUAGCCAGGGUAUUUGAAAAACUUAUCUUUAACCAGCUGUAUGAUUAUUUGGACAAAAAACAAACAUCUAUCUUCAAACCUAUCUGGCUUCAGAGCUCUUCAUUCUGUUGCCACUUGCCUUUUUAAUAACACAGAUGACUGGUAUGUAAACAUGGACGAUGGCAGAUACACUGCAAAUAUUUUCAUUGAUCUCAAAAAAGCAUUUGACACCGUAGACCAUGACAUUUUACUUGCGAAGUUGAGAAAGUAUGGUGUUGAAAACCUAGAACUUACUUGGUUUACGUCAUAUCUAACCACUAGAAAGCAUUUCUGCAAAGUAAAUGGGGUAUGUUUUAAAACCGAAGAUAUUAACUGUGGAGUCCCCCAGGGUUCAUGUCUUGGCCCUCUAUUGUUUCUGAUUUAUAUCAAUGAUCUUCCGUUCUCUCUGAAAAAAAGUAGAGUGACGAUGUACGCCGACGACACAAGUAUUUCUUACUCUUCUUCGAGCUUAGCAGAUAUAAAUCAAACUCUAAACAGUGAACGAUUUAAAGCAAUGGUUGCAAGGUAAUAAACUUUCUCUGAAUGUUCUAAAAACACAAGCUCUGAUUAUAGCUCCCAGCCCAAAAUUAAGAAAAUUACUGAUAAAACAGUUGAUCAUCCACAGUUUUUUAUUGGUGACUCUCAAGUUGAAAAUGUUGACCGAACAAAGUAUCUGGGUGUGAUAAUCGAUAGAAGCUUAAAUUGGGAAGAACACGUUAACAGUCUCUGUACCAAAGUUUCUCGUGCAAUCAGAUUUUUGAAACAUUCCAGAAUUUUUUUUCCUGAAAACACGUUGAGUAAAAUGUAUCGAGGUAUCGUCGAUCCCCAUUUUCGGUUCUGCUGUUCGGUAUGGGGGUGCUGUGGGGUAACUAAACUGCAAUCGUUGCGAAAGCUGAAGAAUCGAGCAGCUAGAAUAGUAGAUAAUGGCAGAGUUGAUGCGCCUGCUAUGCCACUGAUUCGCAGUUUGGGUUGGCCAACUAUAGAUGACAUUAUUAGAAGCGGAACAGCUACAACAAUGUACAAGUCAUUAAAUGGGCUCGUCCCAAAGUACCUUUACAACCUGUUCGAAAAAAAUUCGACUCGAAAUGUUAGAAAACUGAGAAAUACCGAUACCGAUCUUUCGCUACCCUUACGGAAAACAAACAAUGGGCAAAGAGCUAUUUCUUUUCGUGGACCUAAGCUUUGGAACCAACUUGAACCUGAUGCCAAACAGGCACCUUCCCUUGCCACCUUCAAGAGAAGAAUCAAAAACUAACUAUUUAUUUUCUGUAUUUAUUUUCUUACUUAUUAAUGUUUUUGUCACGGCCCCCUGAAAAGCAGUUCUCGUGGACUAAUGGGGCUACCGUGCCUAAAUAAAUGAAAAUGUAAAAAAAAUGUAAAUGUAAACGAUGAAACAUAUCAAAUUGGCAACUGUCAAGAUUCUCCUUCAAUGUUGUGGUGAUGUUGCUACUGCACACGAUGUUAGCAUU